UCAGGGUGGGAGGGGGAAACAAUCAAGCUGGUGACUAAACCUCUGCCCCGCCCAGGCUGAACAGAGCUCAGAUAACUACACAAAAGGAAGACAAGGGUGUGGAACCGUUGCUCUUAAUGCACCUGCUACCCAGGAUUAAUUCACUCACGCAGAUCGAAUUGUUCGUUACCAGCCGGGAGGCAGAUGUUGUAACCCCAAAUCCUGCUGAUUAAGAGGAACUUGAUUUAGGAAGUGGAUUUAUCACUGGGAAGAAACUUUUGCCCCCGCUCCCAAGAUGUUUCGGGAGAGAAAGUGUCUGUGUCAGAUUCAGCGCCUGUUGUUCAUGGGAUUUCUGAUGCUGUUUGCCACGGUGGUGCUGAAAUACUCCUCCUGGGAAUGCAACUUCAGUGAUCUUGGGAAAGAGACGGUGUAUCUGAAGAGCGAGAGUUGCAAGGAUCAUCUCUACCAGUCUCUGAAGUUGUCUCCCAGCGGCCAGAUCAACUGCUCUCGGAUCAUCAGAGGGGAUGUAGAAGCAGUAGAGGAGGCUCUUUUGAGCAGGCUAGAGACGAAAACCAAAUCGGAGCCUUUAGCCCCAAAAGAUUACGUGAACUUGACUAAGGACUGCACUCACUUCAAAGCGCGCAGGAGGUUUGUUGAGUUCCCACUAAGCAAAGAGGAGGAAGAUUUUCCUAUUGCAUAUUCCAUGGUAGUGCAUGAGAAGAUUGAGAUGUUCGAAAGAUUGUUAAGGUCCAUCUACACGCCCCAGAAUAUAUACUGUGUCCACGUAGAUCUGAAAUCCCCGGACGAAUUCAAGGAGGCAGUCCGAGGGAUCGCCUCCUGCUUCGAAAAUGUCUUUGUGGCCACUAAACUGGAGAGAGUAGUGUACGCAUCCUGGUCCCGGGUCCAAGCGGACCUGAACUGCAUGGAGGAGCUACUCAAGAGCAACGUGCCCUGGAGGUAUCUCUUAAACACUUGCGGCACCGAUUUCCCCAUCAAAACUAACGCCGAGAUUGUCCGAACCCUGAAGUUUCUAAAUGGGAAAAACAAUAUGGAAUCUGAGAAACCCUCGUCGAUCAAGGCGGCUCGCUGGAAGUACCACCACCACGUGGAGAACUCGGUGAUCCGAACCGCCACGGAGAAGAGCCUCCCGCCCCAUGGCUCACCCAUGUUCACGGGCAAUGCCUAUGUUGUGGUCACAAGGGACUUUGUUCAAGCCCUCUUUGAAAACCCGACGGCGCAGCGGCUGCUGGAGUGGUCAAAAGAUACUUACAGCCCAGAUGAAUAUAUUUGGGCCACCCUCCACCGGAUGCCAGGCAUGCCAGGAUCGGUGCCUUAUAACGAUAAGUAUGAGGUCUCUGAUGUCAAUGCUGUUGCUAGAUUGGUGAAGUGGUCCUACCUGGAGGGCGAUGUCAGCAAAGGGGCACCCUACCCUCCGUGUACGGGUGCCCACCAACGGGCCGUCUGUGUGUAUGGGGUAGGUGAUCUUCACUGGAUGCUCCAAAACCAUCAUCUGCUAGCCAACAAGUUUGACCCAAAUGUAGAUGAAAACGCAAUCCAGUGUCUGGAGGAAUAUCUACGUUACAAGUCAGUGUACGGGAGAGAUCUCUGAGAGCACGUCCGGCCUGGCACGGGGAAAACACAAAGCUAGAGAGCGACUUGUAAAGAACUUCGCAAAAAAUGCUAUGCAACAUUUACACAGCACGUGGUUUUAACUCGGACUCUAAGCAAGCGGGGGAUUUUGCUCUGCACAGAGUACUUGUCACUGAAUUGACCGACUUGAAACUAUCCACAGUAUUUUUCCUAUGGUAAAAAUCUCUCAAUAGAUGCUGUCUGAAUUACAGUGAAAGGUACAGCCUCCUGAUUUAAGUACUGAGUCAGAUUCUGCUCCACCUUGAACAGAAAAGCCCCAGUAAGUGAUCGCCCUGUCCUUGGCGUGAUUGCUCAGGAUGGAUUUCUAAUAAAAGCCUUUUCAUUUGAAGGAAACAAAGGAAUUUGCUAAUCACUUGGAAUGUCUGUUUAAUUUGCUUCCUCCAUUCUACCGUUGAGGUUGCAUUCUAAAGUAAUGGUGCUUUUGUAGUUUAUGCUAUAAAAUAAGGAGACUUCUACUAUAGAGGGGGAAAGAAGAUUUAAGCUGGUUAUCCAGGCGCAGUCAUUUUCCUAGUGAAGGUUCUCUUCUGUGGGAACCGUAUUAUUCUCACUAUGUGGCUUGACAGUGUAAUAUUCAGGACCUGCUUAUUCUCAAAUCCGGUCUGCAGGUAGUUAGUACUCAGUACCAGGACAUGCUAUCUAGAGUAAGGAUUUUCCACAGAAAAUGUUAACUGUAAGAAUCUAUGGAUUUAAAUGAUGCUGUUUGGACCCAUAAAUGUAUAUAAUGGGAACUGCAGUUCAGGAGUAUUCAGAUGUGGAGUGCUGGUACAGUCCUCUGUUUCUGCGAUAAAGUGAUUGAUCUGGAAGUUGUACAUAAGCAUCACAUUUCAUCCCCACCGGUCUUGGGGAAAGAGCCCCACACUUUUUUAGGGGGUGGGGGACUCAAAAAAAUUGCAGCAUAACUUUUUUCUGCUUUGUGGUGAAAGUUUGGAAGAACUACUUUAUCUGUAGACAUGAUUUCCUGGUACAUUAGCACACAACAGCAGCCUUAAAGAUAAAAUCUCUUAAGGAAUAUUAUAAACCUUAAUGUUGUUUGAACAUAGCGUUUGUGCUUUGGUUAAAAAGCAGGCAGUUGGCUUACUAUGAAUCAACAUUUCCUUUGUUCCUGAUUCUCUUUACUUUCUGCUGUUUCCCUCCCUUUUCAUUCUAUGUUUUACUAAUCUUUCACAUACACACUACAAAGAUAGAGGUGAAUUAGUUUCCUUGUAUUUCCUUUUGUAUGGAAAACCACAAAUGUCAACCCUGUGUGAUUAAGUAAAUUAGUUUCCUAGCUUCUCUUUUCCUGGUUCUGUCUUGUCAGUUGCUUAUAUUUAAAAAUAAGGGGUAGGCAAAUGAAUCUUGAAAACAUUGCCAAAGUGUUUUCCUCUGUAGAGUAGAAAGAAAACCAGAGUGGAAGAUUAAAGGUUCAGAUCAGUUUAUACAAGAGCACAAACGACUUUAUAUAGUUCACUUUCUUUGCCUCAUGCUGUGCCUACGUGGCAGAGGUGGCUUUCCAAACACCAUCCUUACUACUACCUAACUUGAUUGACCCCGACUGUGUCUUUUACUACCUCAACCAGUUUGGCUUUGUUUGUUUUAAACAUGCCACUAACAAAAAGCUAACCAGAAGCUAUGUUUUGUAUAUUUAAUUUUCUUCCUUAGCGUUAAAAAAAAUAAUGAAAAUAUAAAAACUCAGCUCCUUGGCUAUUUUGUAGCCUUUAUGGCUUAAUUGUUGAGAAUACAUAGGACUGGGAGACUGGAGAUCCAGGUUAUGCUGACCUGCUGUGUGACCAAAGCCAUUUAACUUCUGUGCCUCAGUUUCAUCAUCUGCAAAACUAGGACAAUAACCCUUAACUCCAGUGGUGGUAUGAGGCUAAAUUCAGUGAGAUUCUUGGAUAAAAGGUGCUAUAAGUGAAAGUUAUGGUCAAAGAGAACCCCAAGUCCCAGUUAGAAUUAAGACAGCCAAGAUUUCCAUGAAAAGCAGGGAGUUUGCCCCCCAAUCUUAGUCAAAUAACCAACCAUUACUCAACUCAUCCCUUCCCUCUCUAUAACUUCUCUUGUAAUGGAUGGGGACUUGAGGGGGACACACGUGUUUUUAUAUUGAACCUACCCUGAGAGCUUUGCUAGCUAAUCCAGCCAGCUUCCAUGGGCCCAGCUGCUUUUCCCUGUGUCACCUUGAACCUUAGGUCAUUCUUCUCUGUACUAUUAUCCUAUACGUAUAUAUUUCACUAGUGCAGCACUAUAAUACUGUGGCUGCCGGCUGACAGCCACUAUUGCCCUACUGAUGUCUGAGGCAAUUCCAUGACAGUAGGCUGGAGGGAUAUAAAUGAGGGUGACUGAAGUUGCAAUUGCCUACAUUUUCGAUUUAGUUUUUCAGAAUCGCAACCUGAUUUAAAUCAAUUAUUUAAAAAGACAAUCGAGUGGUUGAAAUCAUUAUUUCAACCACUUGAUUGUCUUUUUAAAUAAUUGAUUUCCAUAAUCGCAGCCUGAUUUAAAACUAAAUCAAAAAUGUAGGCAAUUGCAACUUCAGAUUAAACCGUAUCAUGAACUCCAUUAUAAAAUGCUGUUUUUUAAAAUGCCACAACUGGUAGGGAAUCUGAAUGUUACAAAAUUGCUAUAAGCAACACAAAACAUUAACCAUUAGGGCCCUGAUCCCACAAAAACCUAAUCAAGUAGGUGACUUUACUCAGUAGGGUGACCAGACAGCAAGUGUGAAAAAUCAGGUUUCAGGGGGUGGAGGAUAAUAAGCGCCUACACAAGACAAAGCCCCAAGUAUCAGGACUGUCCCUAUAAAAUCAGGACAUUUGGUCACCCUAUUACUUUCACAACUAAACCCAUUCACUUCAAUGGGACUACUCAUGUGCUUCAAGUUAGGCAUGGGCAUAAAGGUUUGCUCCAUCAGUGGCUAAAACUGUAUUUCUAUUAAAAACUUUAGUGGCAUAAAAUUUGUCACUUACAUACAAAAUUGCCUCAGUAUCAACAAUGAAAAUUUGUGGAUAUUUUCAGUGGGUUAGCAAAUGUAUUGUGAAUUUUUCAUUCUCACAGGGCAAAUUUUCAAAAUAAGAAUCCUAAAGUUAAGUGUCUAAAUCUGGUUUUAAAAGCCUAAGAGUGAGAUUUUUAAAAAGCAUCUAGAAUGACUAUGGGGCACAUGCCCUAUUGACUUCAGAGUGCAAACUGCCAGACAUGCAUAGCCUGGUUAAAGCAUUUCAGGUUUCUUAACUUGUGACGGUUCACUGUAUCUGAGGGUGGUAAUGGUUGCAAAUAUAGCAGGGACUAUUGCCUUAUGAAUUUCGUAUGUGAGCUUGUGGUGUUCUCACAGAAGGAUGCUAAUGAGACCCUGGACUCUUUUUCAAGACAUAUGACCAUUUUAAACUUGAUUUAUUUAUUUUGGAGAAAAAUCUCUACAUAAAAUCUACUAACAAUUAGGAAUCUAGAGAAACACAAGAUAAAUAGCUGAACUGGAUAAGACUGUAAAAUAAGUAAAAAGCUAGAAACAAAUUUUAAAAAUCUGAUUUAUUUGUUGGACACCUCCCUCAGCUUUCCUGCAGAUAGUUUUGGAGGAAUCAGGCUGACCACUAGUAUCUCACUUAUCAGUCCGCAGUAGAAACUAUGAUUAUUCAGUUGCCAAGAUAUUUGCUAAUUAAGUUCUCACCUCAACCCUAUCCAAAGGAUAUGCAAGAAAUGAGCAUCUGUCCCUUCAGGCUUUGGGAAAAGUGGAAAUUUAGGGUUCAUCUACUCUAAAACUGGAGCCACAAGCGAGCCAUGUGUGUUCUGACAGUUACGCAGGCAGGCCAGGAAUAACUUUAUGCAGGUCAGGUCCUCUGAACCAGGUUAGACCAGUCUGUACUCUGCCUCCCGAGGGUGAAGCUUCAAGAGACUUGUUACCUGCCUCAUUUCAGUAUUGAGGAUAUGCCUUAUCUGCAGGAAGCAUUCUUUACCUUACCCCUUUGGCCAGGAAUACAAUCACUAGGAAGCCCAUAAAGAUACAUAUAUUAACACGAUAGUCUGAAUAUUCCCUACUCUGUCAUAUCUCAAUACAAUAGGCUUUGAGUAUUCCAUGAUUCUAUAGCAUUCAAGUGUCCCAUACACUUCCAGAUCUGUUAGAGUAAUUUAUAAUCCAUUUGUAAUCAUUCUAUAUACAUUUCGCCAUUGUCACUUUUGCCUCCCCCCUUAAGAGUUAUAUAUAUUGUCCCCAAAGAACAUUAAUUUUUAUUGUUUAAGGCACUUGGAAAGGCAUAUGUUAGACUUAAUCCAGACCAGAAUUUUAUGGAGUAAUUAGAAGAAAUAAGCAUACUGGUUUGGAGAAACUAACACACACAAGCUUUUGUCCCAGGUUCAAAGCCAACCUUUUGUGAAGUUUGGGAAAGAUCGAAUUUGCUUUUGCUCUUGUCCAUUGCCACCCCCACCCCCCCAUCUCUGCCUGUGCUCCUUGCCAUCGUUGGUUUCAUCUGGAGGCAGAAACACUAAAAUACUGUGAAGUUGCUUUUGUCUCAUGUCUGUCCUGAUUUGUACCAGGAAGUGCUAAAGAUCUUGUGCACUCCUGAGCUCUUUUAGGCCACAGAAGUUCAGAUAAGUCACCCAACUGACACUGAUAAAGUGUAAUAAUUCUCUACUUUAUGCGGGGCAUAAAACAUUUACAGUGCAAUCUUGCUUGAACCCAUGCACUUUCUUUGGAGCUUCAGCUGGUCUAGAGUGAUUUGGUAGAGGCAUUUUUUUCUUCCUCACCCCUUUCUAUGCCAGCAUAACACAGCCAAAAACUGAGGAAGAGGUUUAGCUUAAUCUACCCUGAGGAAAUGGAUAAAUAGACUUCCCAUAUUAACACAGUGACAUGGUGAUUAGCCUUAGUUUUGGUCUUACCAAGGAGCUAGACCAUGAAAUGUAUUAAAUGUAGCAAUCAGGUAUGCUGUAGGAUUGGAAUAUUUAAUUAUAAACCUAAUGAAACAUUGAGAAUUAAGCCAACUUGGUUAAUGCACCAGUCUUAACUGCAAGGAAGCAGAAAUAGAUCCAGGCCUAAACCUCAGGGCUAGACACUUGUGAUAAACUGAACUCUUCCCAAAAGUACAAACUGACCCUACCUGUGCAAAACCUAGCACUACCACAGUGGGCUCUGGAUCAGCCCUUUGUGCAAAGUAUACUGGUCAGUCAGUAGCAGAGGUGGAAAUAGAGCUCAGGAGUUCUGGACUCUCCUUCUAGGCCGUGUGGCCUUCAAAGGUACAUUUACACUGCAAGGACCAAAAUACACCCUGCUGCAGCAAGUCUCAGAUCCUGGGUCAACUGACUUGGGCUCACACUAUGGGGUUAAAAAUAGCAGCAUAGAUGUUGGGGCUUGGGCUGGAGCCCAGGAUCCAAGACACCCCCCACUUUCUGGGUUUCAGAGCCCAGCCCAGGUAGGAACAGCUACACUACUUUUUUUAGCCCUGGAGUGUGAGCCCAAGUCAGUUGACCUGAGCUCAGAGUCGCUGCCACAGGGGGUUAUUUUUGUAGUGUAGAUGUACCCUAAGGAGUCUUCUUCAGCCUGGCAGUAUUUUUGCUCCUCUUUGUAAAAUUCACCCUAGUCAUCAGGCAUGAUAAAAAUUAAGACUUUAUUCAUUUCUAAGCUAGGAUUCCCAUAAUCUUAUUUUUGAGCAUGUUUGGUGAGAUUCUAUAGAGAUUCACACAGGAUUAUCUCCAUAACUCAGUCAGGUGACUUCAUCUCUUGUAACUAAUUCAGCCACUCUAAUCUCAUGCUGUGAUAAGUGAAGGGGGUGGGGGGUAACUCCCUUUUAUGAGCCCCUAGCCAGCCAGCAGCUAUAAAAUCCCUCUUAGUAGCUUUUCUCUAAUUGCUCUACCUGUAAAGAGUUAAAAAGUCUCACUGCUAUGCAUAGGUAAAAGGAAGUGAG